AAGACAACUUAUAAGAAGACGAAGAAGAACAUAAACAAGAACUCCACAGAAGGCUGACACUUGCAUGUUUAGUUGUUAAAGUUUGAUUUUUUUUAUUGUAUUUGAUCGGUGAGACUUGCCCGCACAGUAAAGAUGGGGAAGCGACAGCACCAAAAGGAUAAAAUGUACAUCACAUGUGCAGAAUAUACCAACUUUUAUGGAGGAAAACGAGCAGAAAUUCCUCAAUCAAACUUUAAACGGCUUCCAUUUGACCACUGCAGCUUGUCCCUGCAACCGUUUGAGUAUCCAGUCUGCACUGAGGACGGCGUGGUGUUUGACCUGCUGAGCAUUGUUCCCUGGAUCAAGAAGUAUGGAACCAAUCCGAUAUCUGGAGAAAAACUGGAAGCAAAAUCUCUCAUUAAACUCAACUUUGCCAAGAACAACGAUGGAAAGUAUCACUGCCCUGUCCUGUACAACGUCUUCACAAAUAACUCUCACAUCGUUGCCAACAAGGUCACUGGAAAUGUGUUUUCCUACGAGGCGGUGGAGCAACUAAACAUCAAGACUAAAAGCUACAAAGACCUGCUGACUGACGAACCUUUCACUAGAAAGGAUAUCAUAAUGCUCCAGGACCCGACCAACCUGGACAAGUUCAAUGUGUCCAGCUUUUUCCACGUGAAGAACAACCUGAAAGUGCUGGAUCCAGAUGAAGAAAAGGCCAAACAGGAUCCAGCGUACCACCUGAAGAGCACCAACCUGGAAACGAGAGAGACCUUGGCUGAACUUUAUAAAGAAUACAAAGGAGAUCAGCUGCUGGCCUCCACCAUGAAGGAGCCCGCAGCCAAGAAGACCGACAAAUUAAAUGCUGCCCACUACUCCACAGGCCGAGUUUCUGCCUCCUUCACGUCCACGGCCAUGACGCCUGCAACGACACACGAAGCAGAUGCGAUCGCAGAUGACACUGUGCGCUACCAGUAUGUGAAGAAAAAAGGCUACGUCCGUCUUCACACAAACAAGGGAGACCUCAACCUGGAGUUGCACUGCGAUAAGGUUCCCAAAGCUGGGGAGAACUUCGUCCGUCUGUGUAAAAAAGGCUACUAUGACGGGACGGUCUUCCACAGGUCCAUCCGGAACUUCAUGAUUCAAGGAGGGGACCCUACUGGUACAGGCACAGGUGGCGAGUCCUUCUGGGGAAAACCUUUCAAAGACGAGUUUCGGCCCAACUUGUCUCACACCGGCCGGGGGGUUCUCAGCAUGGCUAACUCCGGUCCCAACACCAACAAAUCCCAGUUUUUCAUCACGUUUCGCUCUUGCCCGUACCUUGACAGGAAGCACACGGUGUUUGGAAGGGUUGUUGGUGGGUUUGAGACGCUCACAGCCAUGGAGCAAGUGGAGAGUGAUCCCAAAAAUGACAAACCAAAGUCGGAGAUCAAGGUCAUCAGUACCACCGUGUUCGUGGACCCGUACGAAGAGGCGGACAUUCAGAUUGCAGCCGAGAGAGAAAAGGAGCUGCAGAAACAGGAGGAGGAGAAGCAGCAGGCCAGCGUGGCCCUGAAGAAGGCCAAGGAGGAGCAGGCGCCCAAAACCUUUAAACAAGGUGUGGGGAAGUACAUCAACCCGGCCACGGCGAAACGUCCAGCUGCUCAGGAUGAAAGCGGGCCGUCCACCAGCGGAACGUCCACCAAGAAGUCCAAAGGAAAGACGAACUUUGGAGACUUCAGCUCCUGGUAGCUCCGACGCUUUCAGGAUUCUGUAUAUAACAAGUCAAACUUUUAAUUUCCUCCUGUUUUGUAUCAAGUAGACUCGGUUUGUGUUGGUAUCUUGUGAAAAUAUGCAAUAAAGUUACUUUUUCAUCACUA